GGGCUCAUUUGAAGUCCGUUAAUUGAAUUAGGGAGUGAAGAGAGAGACAUGGAGGCUGUUUUUGGACUGUUGGUGAUGAUCGCAGGAGUGUCUCAUGGUAUGUUGACCCCCUCCUGUGAUGCUAGGGAGGAUGGAUGUCAGUGUUAUGGAGCUCUGGGAGGAACUGUCUAUCUCCAGCUGACUGAUACCACAGUAUCUGAACUCACAUUUAAAAAAGAUCCCACUGGUGUAACUACAGAGAUACUCCGAAUGAGAAGAAACAAAAUGAUAAUCGCUGACUCCAUUAAAGCUAGAUCAGAGUUCUUCAUGAACAACAGGACAUUUAGGAUAUCUAACACAGAAAGGACGGAUUCUGAUGAAUACCUCUUAGAAACRUUUCAUUCUAAUGGAAGUUCAUUGGCCACCAGAAGACUACACCUGUUCAUUGAAGGGCUCAUAUAUAUUAACUGUACCUUAUCCACCGGGACAAAGAUAUCAGGGUGGGUGAAUGCCACCGACAAUGACCAGUUCCACUGUCAACUAACCGCUGGUGCUACCGGACCUGGGUUCAAUAUGUUUGUUUAUUUCCAACUUGCUGAAGUCUUCAUUCUGCUGGCAAUCUGUCUGGGAUCAUACUGUUUCUACAAGAAGAAAACCUGUCCUCAAGAGCAAGAAUGA